AUGGCGAUUUCAGCAUCAGGGGACCAGUUAGGCCUCUCAGUUUUAAUCGUUGACGAUGUUAUUUUCCUCGCUUUAGCAGGCGUCGCCGUCUGUGCUAGACUUUUGGCGAGAUAUAUUCCAAAAAGAAAAUUGUGCUUCAAUGACAACGUCAUAAAUUUAGUCUUGGUAAGUUCUUUUGACUUACCUUUUCCCGGAAACAAGAGAUUACUAGGGCUGAAUUUUACGCAGAUGUUCGCAGGAGAGCGGAAAACAACUGCUAAUAUGGGUAAGAAGAAACCUUUCUAUGCUAAGGCGGAAGCCACGGCGAUGAUGUAUCCUGGCUCUCAUCGACAGCGGUUGUGACUGGUGGAGCGGGACAACACAUGGACAAGGUUCAACUGAGCGCUCGUUUCUAUGUUCAAAGCAAGUGCACAAUCAGUUCUCGUUUGGAAAAAGCUCAAGUGGCUGUGAUAGGGCUACGCGGCCGCAGAAAUUUUUUGGGUGAAAAAGCCAGAUGCAAAGAGAUCUGGUGGUUUUGGGAAACUUGAUGAUGCCCAUCCCCUCACGGGAAUUACGGACGUGAUAAAUGUGGUAAGUCAAGCCGAGGGGCCAGAUAGGCCAAACAAACAACAAGAAUCGGAAUCUCGUGAUCUUGAGGCUCAGGACAACCAUGGUAAAUCUUCGAGUGCGCGCAGACUUGGUGUCAGAAAGGACUGGGCAGUUCACAGUGUCCACUCGCAAAAGUAG